CAAAAUUUAAAAUAAUUCAUUGGUUGGAAUCUACCGACUGCCAUCUUCCUGGGAGUGGCGACGCCAUUUUCAACACUAUAAAGAAUUGCUAACAAAACAAUCAAUCCACACACGACCAGGGUUUUGGUUAAACGAAGAAGAAGGGAUGAAUCAGAUGGAUUCAGCGGCUUUGGAUGAUAUAAUCAAUCGAUUGCUUGAGGUCAAAGGGAGGCCUGGGAAGCAAGUGCAGCUGUCGGAGUCGGAGAUGAGAAAGCUCUGUUUCCAUUCCAAAGAGAUUUUCCUCCACCAGCCUAAUCUUCUUGAGCUUGAAGCCCCCAUUAAAAUCUGUGGUGAUAUUCAUGGCCAAUAUUCUGAUCUUCUUAGACUUUUCGAGUAUGGUGGGUCACCCCCUGAAUCAAACUACUUGUUCCUGGGUGAUUAUGUGGAUCGGGGGAAGCAAAGCCUGGAAACAAUCUGCCUCAUGUUUGCUUACAAAAUAAAGUACCCUGAGAAUUUUUUCUUACUGAGGGGCAACCAUGAAUGUGCUUCAGUCAACCGCAUAUAUGGAUUUUACGAUGAAUGCAAGAGACGGUUUAAUGUAAAACUAUGGAAAGUGUUCACAGAUUGCUUCAACUGUCUACCUGUUGCGGCUCUAAUUGAUGGGAAGAUACUGUGUAUGCACGGAGGACUCUCUCCGGAUCUCAAUACUUUGGAUCAAAUCAGAAAUUUACAGCGUCCUGCUGACGUCCCUGAAACUGGUUUGCUAUGCGAUUUGCUGUGGUCUGAUCCUAGCAGAGAUAUCAGAGGGUGGGGGAUUAACGAUAGGGGAGUGUCGUAUACUUUUGGUCACGAGACGGUCAAGGAAUUUCUUGAAAAGCAUGAUCUUGACCUUAUCUGCCGUGCCCACCAGGUGGUCGAAGAUGGAUAUGAGUUCUUUGCUGACAGACAACUUGUGACAAUAUUCUCGGCCCCAAAUUACUGUGGAGAUUUUGACAAUGCUGGUGCGAUAAUGAGCGUGGAUGAGUCUUUGAUGUGCUCGUUUCAGAUUUUAAGGCCUGCAGAAAAGAAGGCCAAAUUUGGAUUUGGGAGCACUACUACAGCUAAGCUGGGAACUCCUCUAAUGAAAACAAAGUCAUUUCUUGGUGCUAAAAUAGGAUGACCUUAACCAACUUUGGGGGAUCAAGAAUACUCUGAUCGACGACAAUAAUGAUCACAGACGUCGCUGAACUGUUGAGGGAAACAAGUCAAUGUUGCAUAUAAAAGAUCUCUUCCGUGGAGAAACUGUGAAAAAUUGUAAUAGCUUCGACUAAUGUGUGAUAUCCACCAAAGACUUUCUGAACUCGUGGAUGCUUUCAAUCAGUAAUGCAAAGGUAAAUCAUUUUGUUUGGUCCUUUACAUUGAAGAUUUCCUUAGUCUGUAUAUUGUGUAUAGUGAUCUACUUAUUAGGUUUUAGCUAUGAGAUUGUUUUUAGUUUCUUCA